CAAAUUUUUUUACAACAUGGCGGCGGUGAGUGUGGACGCAACCACUCGGCUCAGAAAAAAAUAUAUAUAGUUGAUGUUUUUCGGCUCUGAAGACACACAAAGACUUUACCGUCGACAAGUAGUAACUCUCCAAUGGUACAGAAUGACCUACGAAAUGAGACGGAUAGCAACACUGAUAAAACGGGGCUGUAUCCUUGUCUUUGUUUGCAUUUUAUUAAGCGUGUUAAAAAACCAAUUCGAUGACAAAGAAAAAUCAACUGUACUCGUGACACAACCUCAAGCCAUCAGAACAAACGUUAAAAUCUCAGCACAGCCUCAAGUCGUCGGAGCAAAUGACAAAAUCACGGCGCAGCCUCAAGCUAUCAGAGCAAGUGACAAAACCACGGCACAGCUUCAAGCCAUCAGAGCAAAUGACAAAAUCACGACACGUCCUCAAGCUAUCAGAGCAAAUGACAAAAUCACGACACGUCCUCAAGCUAUCAGAGCAAAUGACAAAAUCACGACACGUCCUCAAGCUAUCAGAGCAAAGAUGCUCGCCGUUACACACCCAAGCUUGUCCGGAAAUUCUGCUCCAGCAACCAAAGCUACAUCGAUUUCGGGGCGUUGAUGACUCCGGAACAAUCGGAAAGAGUCGAGAGAUGUGUCAUCAACUUCAAGGCUGAUAAAGAAAGCGGAAUGGAACAAGCCAUAGCUAACAGGGAUAUAAGAUACACAAGCCACAGUUAUCUUAACAAUAACAGCUUCGUUAUCGAAGCUGGUGGUCAUCUCGGACUAGAUGUUAGUCAACUUAACUCAAGGUAUCAUCCGGGCAUUUAUGUCGUCCUGGAACCUGUUACUGAAUUUUUCGAAAAAUUGCAGGAGAAAUUCAAAGAUUCGCCAAACAUUGUCGUGUAUAACUUUGGGAUGGAUGUAGAAAACGGUACUUUCCUUGUCAACAGCGGCAAUGACGGUACCUCACUUUUCCAAAGCCAGAACGGUUCAGUUGAACUUCAGAUAAUUGCUGUUUCAACGUUUUUCGAAAAACUAAAAAUUGCAGAAAAGAAAGUUGACCUUGUGACGCUGAACUGUGAAGGGUGUGAAUUUGCAUUUCUGGAUUAUCUAUUGUCUACGAAUUAUAUACAUCACUUCCGGAACAUUCAGUUUCAGCCUCAUCAAGAGCCAGAAGCUUGUUAUCACGUGAAACGGUUUUGCUGGUAUCAAGAACUUUUACCUAGAACUCACAAACUCGUCUUUCAGCAUAAAUUUAUUUGGGAGAGUUGGACAGCUCUAUAAUUACGUAUAUUAUAAAUAAAUAUAGUAAUGGCGUAAUGGGGGUGGGGGGAUGCGACAUAGACGAGAACUUAUCAUCAAAUCAAAUUGGUGUUUUUAGAGUGGAGUGUGUGAAGAUUGAAGGACAAAUGUUAAAUUGUAAUUAGUGAAUUCAUGGCAAGGUGAGACAAUUGUGUGAAUGAACCGGAAGUGUCGGGCCGUGACGGAACAGACAGAACAUCGUGUGUUCAAGUUGUUUGUAUUUCAAUGUGCUCUACAUUAAUGGAGAAGACAAGUCUAGUCCUAGAAUUUAGAAUAUUGUUAAAAUAGAGGAACACAAGUAAUAACUGCAUGUUAAACCAUUUAUGUUGUCUUCCGGAUUUUUCAAUUAAACAGAAUAAAAAUUUAUAAGGAAUGAUGUAGAGGAGAAUUAAACUGAUGGAUUUUGUUUUCAAUUUAGCAGAGUGACAUCUUACAAAAAUAGAGUGAUUACGAGCAAAUCUAAUUCUCGGACCAAAUAUUACUUUGGUGAAAACACACAACUCUCUACGAAUCUCCGGCACAUGUGUGAGAUUGCUGUGAGGAACGAGAAAAAAAUAUCUGAUUUACUUUGUAAAAUACCUCGCAAUAACGGCAUUAAAAAAAACUUUCCUAAAUACA